CAGGCUAACACUACCGCCAAGGGCGCGCUCUCCAUUCACGGUACUAAUCCUCAAUUCUUGAUCGAUAAAGUCGUUCGAUCGCGUAUAUAUGAUAGUCAAUAUUGGAAAGAGACUUGUUUUGCUCUCACUGCUGAGAGUAUAAUCGAUUGCGCUAUCAGUUUGAAGUACGUUGGUGGCACCUACGCUAAUGUUCGACCGACAGAAUUCAUGUGUUUGGCACUCAAGCUACUUCAACUUCAACCAGAGAAGGAGAUCAUCUUAGAAUAUCUGAGAGCGGAAGAAUUCAAGUACUUACGAGCCUUGGCGGCCUUUUACGUUCGGUUAACUUUUACGCCCCUUAAUGUUUAUCAAACACUUGAACCAUUGUUGACGGAUUUUCGAAAGCUGCGGUUUCGACACAUGAAUGGUUCCUAUUCAUUGGUCACCUUUGAUGAUUUCGUUGACUCCUUACUGGUAGAAGAACGAGUAUUCGAGAUUGUCUUACCCCGAUUGACGAUGCGAAAGGUGUGGAAGAGACUGAAGGCCUGGCUAAGCGAAAGAGCUCCCUAG